AUGCCUCUCGAGUUGUCUUAUCCAAUCACUUUACCUGAUGGCCAGAAAUUCACCCAACCUUCUGGUUUGUUCAUCAAUAACGAGUUUGUUGCAUCCAAAAGUGGAAAAACUUUGGACUCUAUAAACCCUGCCACUGGUGAAGUCAAUGGUUCAGUUUAUGCUGCUGAAAAAGAAGAUGUGGAUAUUGCCGUUGCUGCUGCCAAAAAGGCGUUGCCCAUAUGGAAAAAGAAAUAUUCGGGUGAGAAAAGGGGUAUCUUGUUGAACAAGGUUGUUGACGAAUUACAAAGACAAAGAGACUUGUUAGGUGCUAUUGAGGCAUGGGAUUCGGGAAAGACCAAGGACACAAAUGCAAUUUACGAUAUUGAUAUUUGUAUUGAGACUUUUAGAUACUAUGCUGGCUGGGCAGAUAAAAUCACUGGAAAACUCAUACAAAAUGAUCCAAAAAAAUUGGCAUACACUGUGCACGAGCCAAUCGGGGUUAUUGGACAGAUUGUGCCUUGGAACUACCCCUUGGCCAUGGCAUCGUGGAAACUUGCUCCCGCUUUGGCUGCUGGUAAUGUGGUGGUUUUGAAAACCUCGGAGAUUACUCCACUCUCGAUGCUCUAUGUCGCACAAAUCUUUAAGGAUGUUGGAUUCCCACCGGGAGUAGUGAAUAUUCUUUCAGGUUAUGGCUCCACUGCCGGCGCAGCCUUGUGUGCUCACCCAGAUGUGGCCAAGAUUGCAUUUACUGGUUCGACUGCUACCGGUAAGUUGAUUGCUAAAGUUGCCGCCGACACCAUGAAAUUGGUCACUUUAGAAUGUGGAGGCAAAUCUCCAUUGCUCAUUCGUGCUGAUGCUGAUCUUGAACAAGCAGUGAAAUGGGCCGCAAUUGGAAUCAUGUCGAAUCAGGGUCAAAUCUGUACCUCAACGUCAAGAAUAUACGUACAUGAGUCCAUAUAUGACAAGUUUUUGGAAGCUUAUGCUGCCCACGUUAAGAAGGAUUACAAGCAAGGCACUAUGUUUGAAUCAGACUGUGUUGUUGGCCCACAAGUGUCUAAACAACAGUGCGACAAGGUCUUGAAAUACAUUGACAUUGGUAAAUCAGAAGGAGCAAGAGUGGUUUUGGGUGGUGAGAAAAACAAUGAUGGUGAAUUAUCAAAGGGUUACUUUGUUAGACCAACCAUUUUUGCUGAUGUUAAGCCGGACAUGAGGAUUGUUCAAGAGGAAAUCUUUGGCCCAGUUGUUGUAGUUGGUAAAUUUAGCACUGAUGAAGAAGCAAUUGAGUUGGCCAAUAACACUUCGUAUGGUUUAGGAUCUGCUAUCUUCACUAAGGACUUGGAGAUUGCUCACAAGAUGGCUGGAGAUAUUGAAGCUGGUAUGGUGUGGAUCAAUUCCUCCAAUGAUUCGGAUGUGCGUAUUCCAUUUGGAGGAGUAAAGAUGUCUGGUGUUGGAAGGGAAUUGGGUGAAUAUGGUUUGACAAUGUACACGCAAGCCAAAGCAGUUCACGUCAACUUAGGGCUUAAAUUGUGA